AUGGAGUACACAUCCUCCCCGAAACCACAGCUCUCAUCUCGGGCAAAUGCUUUCUCCAUAGCCGCCCUGAUGUCCAGUGGGAAACCUAAGGACAAAGAGACGGAGGAAAACACCAUCAAGCCUCUGGAGCAAUUCGUGGAGAAGUCCUCCUGCAGCCAGCCUCUGGGCGACCUGUCCUCCCUGGAUGGGCACGGGGACUUCAGCGGGAGCGCGCCUGCGGUGUGCACGGAGCCGCUCAUCCCCACCAAUCCCGGCAUCCCCAGCGAGGAGAUGGCCAAGAUCUCGUGCAGCCUGGAGACCAAAGAGCUGUGGGACAAAUUUCAUGAGCUCGGCACGGAGAUGAUCAUCACCAAGUCUGGAAGGAGGAUGUUCCCCACCAUCCGGGUAUCUUUCUCCGGGGUGGACCCGGACUCUAAGUACAUCGUGCUGAUGGACAUCGUCCCGGUGGACAACAAGCGGUACCGCUACGCCUACCACCGCUCCUCGUGGCUGGUGGCGGGCAAGGCGGACCCUCCUCUCCCCGCCAGGCUGUACGUGCACCCGGACUCGCCGUUCAGCGGAGAGCAGCUGCUGAAGCAAAUGGUUUCCUUCGAGAAAGUCAAACUCACCAACAACGAGCUGGACCAGCACGGACACAUCAUCCUCAACUCCAUGCACAAGUACCAGCCGCGCGUUCACAUCAUCAAGAAGAAAGACCACACCGCCUCGCUGCUCAACCUCAAGUCUGAGGAGUUCCGCACCUUCGUCUUCACCGAGACCGUCUUCACCGCCGUCACGGCCUAUCAGAACCAGCUGAUAACCAAGCUGAAGAUCGACAGCAACCCGUUCGCCAAGGGCUUCCGGGACUCCUCGCGGCUGACAGAUAUGGAGAGGUACAGGGAAUUCUGGGUCCUUCACUGUUUGGAAAGUGUAGAGAGCCUGAUCCAUAAGCACUCGUACGCCCGGUCGCCCAUCCGAACCUACGCCGGCGACGAGGACAACCUGGGCGAGGACGGGCACUCCACACACACCAGGGGCUCUGCGUUCACGGCCUCAGACAACCUCUCUCUGAGCUCCUGGGUCACCACCACCUCGGGCUUCUCCGGCUUCCAGCACCCCCAGUCCCUCUCGGCGAUGGGCACCAGCACCGCCUCCCUGCCCCACCCGAUCCAGGGCUCCCUGCCGCCCUACAGCCGGCUGGGCAUGCCGCUGACGCCCACCGCCCUGGCAGGGACCAUGCAGGGCAGCGGGCCCUCGUUCCCCUCCUUCCACAUGCCGCGCUACCACCACUACUUCCAGCAGGGCCCGUACGCCGCCAUCCAGGGACUACGCCACUCCUCCACCGUCAUGACCCCCUUCGUAUGACUCCCCCCGGGGGUGGAGACCGCCAGCACUCGCUCUAACGCCGACCCCCAGUGCAAACACAACAACUUAGCCCCCCACUCCGGCUCAUCACCCCUUCUGUUUUUUUCACCCCUCUGGUCUUUGUAAAUAGUUCACUCGCGGCGGGCGAGGUGACCGUAACGAUCUGGAGAGGCUGUGGCAUGCAGACGGCCGUACCGGAGAAAGAGGGACUGUGGCGCCCCCUGGGACCUGCAGAAACACCGACACGUCCGCCGUUACUACGAACACUAGUGACUUUGAACACUUGCAACCUCAGUGUGAACUCUGAAAACUUUAAUGCAAGACAAAAAAAAAAAAAGGAGCCGGUUUGGUCCUGGCCCAUGAAGAACAGAACGAGGACCUGUGGCUUGAGGAAGUAAACAUUUGUAAACUCCCGGUAUGUGGUUGCAAAUCCUCAACUUAAACCCGUAUCCCAUUUAAAAGAGCCUGCCCGUGCCACAGGCUGGCAGUGGCUACAAAGCAACUAGUCUCUGCUGAGCCUUUGAAGAGGGCGGCCAUUUUGGAUCAAGCUGAAGGGAGUUUGCUGUGUGGUCCUUCACCACCGAUGCAGUCUAUCACCGUACAGGGUGGAGAGACUCCUCCUGUGAACUUGUUGAACCUUGGUCUGGACAGAUGUCUGGUGGACGCUGAGGCUCGGUCCCUGUCCACGAGUGUUUGACGGACAGGUGUCACCCCGUGGAGGCGGAGCAGCCACCUUCUCGAAAGCCAGCCGUGUGUACAGUGCAAAAGGAAACAGAGCGCUCCGUUGAAAAUAAUGUCAAUAGCGUAUGAUAGACAGCAAUGUACAAAGAUGAAAAUGCUACACUUACUCAUAGGAACUUCUCACUGUAGAGUGCCGAAUCAUAGGACGCAUGCCUACCGCAGUAGACAAACAUGUUGGGUAAACUUUGUAUUGGAUAAUAUGGGAUUUAAAAAAAAAAAAAAAAAAAAAAAAAAACCUCACUUCCCACAGGGGUCCAGGCUUUUUAGCAUACUUCAACUAAAAGGGAUUCAACCUAAAUGUUGAAUUUUAGUGCCAAAAUGUCACCGUUAAAAUGGCCGUUUAAGUGUAUUUCAUUUAUUUUGUGAGUGUGUGAGGCUACCCAUAAAUCUAGGCCUUAUGAUUGGCGUCGCCCCGGUUUUCCAUUAGAGGUGUGGAAAUGUUUUCUGGCCGUAACACUGGCAAUGACAUUUCCACUGGAAACUACCUAUGGUGGAUUUUGGGCAAACACUUUGAUGCAAAAAAAAAAAAAAAAACUACA